AUGCCUGGAAGACCAAUUGCUAAAAAGAAGAGGGAUGUCAAAGAAAAUAAUGGCAGACCACGGACAAAAAAGAAGAAGGAUUCAACAGUAACUAAUGGUACCAAUAAGGGAUUAGAUGAUGAUGGUAUUGACAUUAAAGAUUUGUUUAAUGAUGUGGAAGCUGAAGGGGAUAAUGUUGCUAAUGUUCAAGUUCAAGAGCCCAAUGUUGGUAAUGUCCAAGUUGAAGAGGUCAAUGUUGUUAAUAUUCAAGUUCAAGAGGUCCCACAAGUACCACACAUAUCUGAAUUAUUGAGGAGGAUCAAAAGAAGAAAGUAUGAGAGAAUUGUGAAGUUGAAGUUGGGUAAGAGAGUGGGUGAUAAGCAUGCUCCAAGGAAUUCAAGUGAAAAAGCUCUUCUUAUAAGAUAG